AUGAGCUUCCCACCACCCGGUCCCGGUCAAUACCCGCAUUAUUUACCACCGCCGCAGUAUCAACACGGGCAAAUCCCCCCGCAGAUACUGUACAAUAAUGCCAGUGCUCCGCCGCCCCCAUACGAUGGCUAUGGCAAGCCAGCAAUGUAUCCUUCGGCCAUGAUGCCAUAUCCUUCAUACCCAUCGACGUAUACUUCACAGCCGCAGUCACAGCAGCAACAGACGCGUCCUCCUCCGCAAACUCCCCCACAGCAGCCGCAGCAAUUACCACAACAAUCUCUCCAACGACGGCCACAGCCAGGACCACAGCAGCUUCAUCCUCAACUACAUUCCCCCCCUCCGCCUCAGCCGCCUCCUCCCCCGCCUCCGCCUCCGCCUCAGCCUCAAAUCCAACAAGAAGAGCUGCAACAUCAGUUUGUCAACCCGGCUCAACUGUUUGUACAACAACCUCUGCCUACUGCUCCGCGAUCCCGAUACGCUCAACUCUCUCCUCAAUAUGGCGAGCCACCUUUCAUCCAGAAUGCUAGUCCGUCCAAAAUACCACCGGCUGCCUUGCCAGCUCCGCCGUCAGCCAUACCUGUUCAUGUUGCUUCUGCCCCGCCUCCUAAACCAAACACCCAAAGCAACCAAGGACAAAUCAAUAUCCAUACGCCACAAACACACCCUGUCAUUAAAUCUGAACCCGUGCCAUCCAAGAUCUCUCCAAGAGUAGAGUCUCAGAAAAUACUUUCCACACCUAUUGCGACGCCGAAACGACCCCAGCCUGCUCCUGCUCCUCCGCCGGUGACACAUGCGACUCCGCAAGUCAUGAUCCCGGCUCGUUCUCCAGCGGUUCAAGCAAGAAUUCAAGCCCAGACUCCGCAAAAGCAAUCUCAACCACAGCAUAUUGAAAAGAAGGGACAGCCGACUCCACCAAAUGUCGAAAAGCAUGGGAAGCCCACGCCUGCCAAGUCUACGAAGCCUCCAGUCGACUAUCAGGUUUUGCUGUUGUCCUUGGCCGAUGAAUAUCUAAAUGCUGCUCAUGCUCGUGGAACGACGACCUCUUUGACCACUCGUGAGACGGACAUUGAGGAAUAUUAUAAGCUGGUUGCUACCGGAUUGGGCUGUUUGGAGGCUGUCUUGAAGAACUGGCGAUUGCAACCUCGCAAAGAAGCUCUUGUUAGACUUCGCUAUGCGCGUACAUUGUUCGAGGAGACAGAUAAUGACAUCGAAGCGGAAACAGCGUUGAGUAAAGGGAUCGAUCUAUGUGAACGAAACCGUAUGCUGGACUUGAAAUACAGCAUGCAGCACCUCUUGGCACGAAUGCUCCACAAGACUAACCCUAAAGCUUCCCUAAAAGCGGUCGAUGGGAUGAUUCAGGAUGUGGAAGCGUACCGCCAUGCCGCAUGGGAGUACGCAUUUCGUUUCCUUCGAGUAUCACUCUCGUUAUCAUCUCCGUCACACCAAGACUCCGUGCAAGCGUUACAGCAUCUUCACAAAAUCACUGCCAUGGCUAGUCGUAACGGGGACAAGGCCGUUUCAGCAAUGGCGGCUGUGAUUGAAUCACUUGCACACUUACAACAAGCGACAAAUUCCGAUUCUAUCGAACAGGCGCAGCGUGCCGUAGCAGCCGCACGAAGCCAUCAGCUGAAUGAUGAACUUCGCCAUAUACCUCAACUUACAACCUUGAUUCAGAUGGUCGAUAUCUGCUGCAGUAUUCUAGAGUACGACGUCAACCAGUCUGGGCAGAAGUUGAAGGUAAUGCAGGCUUUGAUGGAUGAAACCCUUAGCGACAGCAACUGGCGUCCCGAUGGGUCAUUUUCGGUCCCUCUCAACGGUAAAUCCGCUGGGCCGUCGUCCAUCGACACAGGUGACAUCUUGCAGGUUCAUAAUGGCACAUUGCUGUUAAGCUUCAACUGGCUUCCUCAGCACGAUCUUUAUGCGCUUUGUUAUUUCUUAAGCUCGAUCACACUCAGUGCCAAGAACUCAUACGAUGGCCGGAAAGCAGAGAAAUAUCUCGAGGAAGGGCUUCGAAUGGUUCAAGGCAAUUUCAAGGCCCCCCAAGAAAUUUCAGAAUCCAUGGCCAACGCCAACCGUCGGGUUCGGUGGCGCCAGUCCCUUUACUGCAACCUUCUCCUUCAACGAGUCUUCCUGGCUUGCGCCCGAACCGAUUGGGAUCUUGCCAGCCAGACUCUCAACGACCUUCGACAAGUCUUCCAAGAGCUUGGUUCCAACCUUCUGGACACCAUCGAAUGUCUGAUGGAAUAUGCCGCCGGCACCAUCGCACAGGCAACUGGUGAUCUCAAGGCCGCGCUAACCAUAUUCCAAUCACCAAUUCUGUCACUAGACCCGGCUACCAGCAAGACAGGACGCAAUGACCCCUGUCGUGAUACGCGCAUCCUCGCCGGUCUCAACACAGUCCUGAUCCUCCGUGAUCCAGGUCACCCGUCACACUCGAUGCUCAGCGCCGUUCUAGCAACCCUCGAACCCUUUUGCCAAAGCAGUCCAAACAAGUACAUCCAAGCUGCCUACUUCCUAGUCUGCGCAACUGUUCACUCCGAGUCAACCAUCCAAACAAAACAAUACCUCCAGCAAGCUCUGCAGUCUGCCACCGCAAUCAGCAACAGCCAAAUCACCUGCAUGACCCUAACAUUCAUGAGCUGGAAGUACUUCCGCGGUGUGGUCGGUGAGCAAGCCGAGAAAAGCGCUCGGGCCGGCCGCGCAAUGGCCAAACGAGCCAAUGACCGUAUGUGGGCGAGCGUCACCGACGACAUGUUGGCUGAGACUCUGGAGCGACAGGGCAAGGGCGAGGAAGCGCAGAGCGUCCGCGAAGAAGGCCAACGCUUGGUCUCGGGUCUUCCCCCUCGUCUGAGACGUUCGGCCUGA